AUGUUUGACAGGGAACUCUCGGGGGAGCCGGGCGCGUAUUUGCGGAGCAUUACCACGCUCAUCCUGCGCAACAACAGCCUGUCCGGCGCCAUUUGGCCCGCGCUGGCGGAGAUGACGGCGCUGCGGAAACUCAACCUGGGGGGGAACCGUCUGUCCAGCGCGGUGCUCGCGGCACUGCUCGAAUCGGAGUCGCUCAAGGCUCUCGACGAAGUACAGCGGCGCACGGGCGGCGACGGGCCGGGGCUGGCGGCGCACGGGCGGCGACGGGCCGGAGCAGCUGCGCGGGGCCGGGACGGGCUGUGCACGGGCAGCGACGGGCCGGGGCAGCGGCGCACGGGCGUCGACGAGCCGGGGCAGCGGCGCACGGGCUUCGACAACAACGCACUCACUGGGCCGUUCUGCAACGCGCUGCUGCCCGCGCGCGAGCUUUGGCUGGGCUUCAACGACCUGGGCGGCGCGACUGCCGGGAGCAGCGCCAACGCAACCGGCGGUGGCGACGGGGGCGGGGGAGGUGAGGAGGAGGAAGGGGGGGGCUCUCUGUACGGCUGCAUGCUGCCCACGAAGCUAAAGAUUCUCAGCGCGCCGUAUGCGGGGCUGCGGGGGAGCGUUCCGCCCGACCUAUUCCUCGCGACGAACGCGCGGUCGGGGCGCAAGCCAUCUGUGGGCGGCUUGGGUAGGAUAAUCUGGAUCGACCUGAGCUACAACAACCUCUCGGGCAGCCUGAAGGCUUUGACGGUGCUUCCGACUGGGGUCUUGGACCUGUCGCAUAACAACUUCUCGGGCGGUAUUCCCGAGGCGUUUUUCAGCGGCGGCUUCUCGCUCGCGGACCUGCGGUUUAACGAGCUGUCGGGGCCGCUGUUUGACACGCGCCGGGAGGAUUGGAGUUACGACUGGGAUAGGCUGCGCGUGAGCGACAACAGCGCGCGCAUGGCGGGCACCGUGGGCGCGUGUUACAUCCCCGUGCCGGCGCCUGGCGUGCAGGUCUCCGCUACGGAGACUGAGGCACUGCUGGAGGUGCACGAUGCGCUCCUGGGGAAAGCAGCGGGGGGAACGGAGUUUGCGGACGGCGGAAGCAGCUUAUGGGGGGAGAUUCUGCGCAGUUGGGACGCGAGCAGCAGCAGCGCGUGUGGGUGGUAUGGCGUGGGGUGCACAUCAGACGGACACGUGGACACAUUGCACCUGCUGGGCAAUGCUCAUGUCACCCUGCACCCCAACUUCGUCCCAGAAUCGCCCGAUUGCGAACACACCCAGUGUGGCGACAAGAUAUUCGCGGACGCGGAUCGGCGGCCUCCCCCCCAAGUGCAGUUCUUCCUGGAGGGCCUCCCUGGCGGCAGCUCGAACAGCCGUUCGAGUGCGGACGGGAGUCUGUCGGAGGCGGUGGGGCAGCUGACGCACCUCACCUCUUUACGCAUCUCCGAGCACGCCCUCUCCGGCGGCCUGCCGCUGUCCCUCUCGCGCCUCUCUCACCUCGUCGCUCUCGACUUCUCCUCUACCGCCACCUCUCCGGCUCCAUCCCCCCCGCCCUCUUCGCCCUCCCCUCGCUGCGAGAGCUCUCCCUCCGCGAGAACAACCUCACAGGAGAGGUCUUCUGAGGGGCUGAUGCUCCUGGCGCUGGACCAGAACCGGCUGGACGGCAGCUUGCCAAGGGAGCUCGGCGCGCUCUGGACGCUCACAAACCUGCACCUGCACGGGAACGCCCUCCUGGGGGGAAUUCUCUACACUCGCUACCGACCCUACUGCCUUCAGUGCACCUGUCCUGUGGGGCCUCCGCGAGGUGUUCCCGCUGCUGACCCGAGUGGACGUCAGCAGCAACGAGGUCUCGGCCAGAGCUUCUCCCUCGAAUUUCUCUCCCACUUGGACCUCUCUUCCAAUAAGCUCACAGGAAGCAUCUCCAAUGCUCUUGUCACCGGCCUCAAAGCCCUAUCCCACUUGGAUCUCUCCGAGAACCUGCUCUCGGGCUCGCUGCCCCACUCCCUCGCUGCUAUUGCGCCCCUCACCCAUCUGGACCUCUCACGCAACAAGCUCAAAGGCUCCCUGCCUGCCUUCUGCCAGGGAAAGCAGAGCCUCGCCUCUCUCCUCCUCUCCUCCAACACUUUCUCUGGCACCAUCCCUGCGCUGAUGCGUGCUGUUGUACCCUCCCUGCAGGUGCACCUCGCUAGCAACGCCCUCUCUGGCUCCGUCCCCCCCUCUCUCUCCGACCUGCCCACCUCCUGCUUCCGCCCCGGCAACCCCAAGCUCUGUGGGAAACCCCUGCCUGCCUCCAAGAAGCGGUCUUCCAAGCCCAUGAAGGGGAGGUUGUAG